CCGAACCUUUCAGUAGAACAAACCGAACCCUUCAGUAGAACCGACCGAACCCUUCAGUAGAACCGACCGAACCCUUCAGUAGAACCGAACCUUCGUCAGAACCUCCUGCUGUCCAGAUAUAGUCUCUGGUAGCCAGAAGAGGCUGAAAUGUGAUUUCUUGUCAGAUAUUUCGCUGCUCUGGAUACAAAGUUUUUCUUCUCCGCUCAGAAAAACGUUUAGAAAAGUUUCCUUUGAUCCUUCGACGCCCUGAGGAAACAUUCCUGAUGACGCAUGCGCACUGCGGCCUCCGCUUCCUGGAACCAGGGCAAGGUCAGAUGAGCUGCUGAUGGGAACUGAAAUCUAAAGAACCGUUAGAGAUGGACUCUGAUCCAGACGACCUUGCUCCCCCUGCUGGAAGAUGGGCUUCACAGCAGAGGAACCUGUGGAUGAAUCCAGAGGAGAACAGAGCAGUCUCUCCAUCACCCAGCAGCGUUUCUAUGAAGAGUGACCGAUCCAAAGAUCUUCCUGUAGCCUUCAGUAAUCAUCCUGGAUUCCCAGACCAAAAAUGGGCUUCACAGCAGAGGAACCUGUGGAUGAAUCCAGAGGAGAACAGAGCAGUCUCUCCAUCACCCAGCGGCAUUUCUAUGAAGAGUGACCGAUCCAAAGAUCUUCCUGUAGCCUUCAGUAAUCAUCCUGGAUUCCCAGACCAAAGAUGGGCUUCACAGCAGAGGAACCUGUGGAUGAAUCCAGAGGAGAACAGAGCAGUCUCUCCAUCACCCAGCGGCAUUUCUAUGAAGAGUGACCGAUCCAAAGAUCUUCCUGUAGGCUUCAGUAAUUAUCCUGGAUUCCCAGACCAAAGAGGGAGGAAGAGGAGCAGCGUUGGUGAGGAGGAGCAGCCGUCCUGCUGUGCUUUGUGUCAGAAUGUUCUGAUGGAUCCGGUCUCUACCAGCUGUGGUCACUGGUUCUGCAGACAGUGCAUCAGGUUCUACUGGGACCAGUCUGGACCCUCCUCCUGCCCCCAGUGUGGGAAAAGACCCAGAACAGGAGCUGGACUUCUGACAGCCAAUCACAGCAGCUGUGCUCCAGCAGAUGAUCGUCUGCAGAAAAUUCUAGAGGAGCACAAGAUCAGUCUGAGGAGGAGAUGUGAAUGUGUGACUGAGGGAAGUGAUGAAACAGGAAGUAGAACCCAACUCAACAGGAUCUACACUGAUCUCUACAUCACAGAGGGACAAAGUGAAGAGAUUAAUACCCAACAUGAGGUGAAGCAGCUGGAGACAGUUUCCAUGAUCCAGAACCUCCAUGACUCUCCAAUCAGGUGCCAUGACAUCUUUAAAUCCUUCCCUGACCAACAUGGAGCCAUCAGAGUGGUUCUGACCAACGGCGUCGCUGGUGUUGGAAAAACCUUCUCAGUGCAGAAGUUCACUCUGGACUGGGCAGAGGGCUUGGAGAACCAAGAUGUCAGUGUGGUGGUUCUGCUUUCAUUCAGGGAGCUGAACUUGAUCAGAGAUGAGCAGCACAGUCUUCUUACGCUGCUCCAUGUUUUCCAUCCAACACUCCAGAAGCUCCCAGCAGAGCAGCUGGCUGUCUGCAAACUUCUCUUCAUCUUUGAUGGCUUGGAUGAAAGCAGACUUUCACUGGACUUCAACAACAGUCCGCUGGUUUCUGACGUCACACAGAAGUCAUCAGUCAAUGUUCUGCUGACAAACCUCAUCAAGGGGAACCUGCUUCCCUCGGCUCUCAUCUGGAUAACUUCCAGACCUGCAGCAGCCAAUCAGAUCCCUCCUUCAUUUGUUGCCAGGGUAACAGAAGUACGAGGCUUCACUGACUCCCAGAAGGAGGAGUAUUUCAGGAAGAGGUUCAGUGAUGAAGAGCUGUCCAGCAGAAUCAUCUCCCACAUCAAGACCUCCAGGAGCCUCCACAUCAUGUGUGGAAUCCCAGUCUUCUGCUGGAUCACUGCUACAGUUCUGGAGAACAUGUUGACCUCAGAGCAGAGAGGAGAGCUGCCCAAAACCAUGACUGACAUGUACUCACACUUCCUGCUGGUCCAGACAAAGAGGAAGAAGAACAAGUACCAUGGAGGAUAUGAGACAAGUCUACAGGAGCUGAUGGAAGCUGACAGAGAAGUUCUUCUGAAGCUGGGGAGGCUGGCGUUUGAACAUCUGGAGAAAGGAAACAUCAUGUUCUACCAAGAAGACCUGGAGCAGUGUGGUCUGGAUGUCACAGAGGCCUCAGUGUACUCAGGAGUUUGUACAGAGAUCUUCAAAAGAGAGAAUCUGAUCUUCCAGAAACCAGUCUACUGUUUUGUUCACCUGACCAUCCAGGAGUUUCUGGCUGCAGUCUACAUGUUCCACUGUUUCACCACAAGGAAUACAGAGGUGGUGAAGAAAUUCCUGCGAAAAAAAUACAAUGAAACAUCUCUGGAGGACUUUAUGAAAAAAGCCAUGGAGAAAUCUCUGAGAAGUAAAAAUGGCCACCUGGACCUGUUUGUUCGUUUCCUUCAUGGCCUCACUGUGGAGUCCAACCAGAGACUCUUAGGAGACCUACUGGGUCAGACAGAGAACAGUCUAGAAACCAUCAAGAAAAUCAUCAAUAAUCUGAAGAUGGGAAGAAUAAAGGCAUCCCCUGACAGAAACAUCAACAUCUUCCACUGUCUGAUGGAGAUGAAAGAUCUCUCAGUUGAUCAGGAGAUCCAGGAGUUCCUGAAAUCUGCAAACAGAUCAAAGAAAAAUCUCUCUAUGAUCCAGUGUUCAGCUCUGGGCUUCAUGCUGCAGAUGUCAGAGGUUCUGGAUGAGUUGGACCUGGAGAAGUACAGGACAUCAGAUUCGGGACGACAGAGACUGGUUCCAGCUGUGAGGAACUGCAGAAAGGCUCGACUUGGUGGCAUUAAACUCUCUGAUGCUGAAGGUGAAGUUGUGGCUUCAGCUCUGAAGUCCAACCCUCAUCUGACUGAACUGGAAAUAAGAGACAAACUGGAAGAAUCUGUAAUGGAGCGUCUGUGUGAAGGCCUGAAGAGUUCAGUCGGUAAUCUGGAGAUCCUGAGAUUGAAGGACUGCAGGUUGUCAGAGAUCAGCUGUUCUUCUCUGGUCUCAGCUCUGAAGUCCAACCAACAUCUGACUGAACUGGAAAUAAAUGAGAUGAUCAUACUGGGAACCAUUACAGACUCUGGAGUGAAUCAUCUGUGUGGGAUCCUGCAGAGUUCAGUCACUAAAGUCAAAACUUUAAGGUUGAAGGACUGCAGUUUGUCAGAGAUCAGCUGUUCUUCUCUGGCCUCAGCUCUGAAGUCCAACCAACAUCUGACUGAACUGGAAAUAAAUGAGAUGAUCAUAUUGGGAACCAUUACAGACUCUGGAGUGAAUCAUCUGUGUGAGAUCCUGCAGAGUUCAGUCACUAAAGUCAAAACUUUAAGAUUGAAGGACUGCAGUUUGUCAGAGAUCAGCUGUUCUUCUCUGGUCUCAGCUCUGACCUUUAACCCCUCACAUCUGACUCAACUGGACCUGGGAGGAAACAACCUGACAGAUUCUGCAGUGAAGGAGUUCUGUGGUUUCCUACAGAGUCCAGAAUGUAAACUACAACGAUUACAAUUUAGCCACUGCUGGUUGUCAAAGAUCAGCUGUGAUGAUCCGACCUCAGCUCUGAACUCCGACCUUUCACCUCUGACUGGACUGCAGCUGAGCAGCAACAACAACCUGGGAGAUGAUGGAGUGAAGGAGAUCUGUGAUAUUCUACAGAAUCCUGGAUGCAGAAUACAACGAUUAGAGUUGAAGGACUGCAGUUUGUCAGAGAUCAGCUGUUCUUCUCUGGCCUCAGCUCUGACCUUUAACCCCUCACAUCUGACUCAACUGGAAAUAAAUGAGAUGAUCAUACUGGGAACCAUUACAGACUCUGGAGUGAAUCAUCUGUGUGAGAUCCUGCAGAGUUCAGUCACUAAAGUCAAAACUUUAAGGUUGAAGGACUGCAGUUUGUCAGAGAUCAGCUGUUCUUCUCUGGCCUCAGCUCUGAAGUCCAACCAACAUCUGACUGAACUGGAAAUAAAUGAGAUGAUCAUAUUGGGAACCAUUACAGACUCUGGAGUGAAUCAUCUGUGUGAGAUCCUGCAGAGUUCAGUCACUAAAGUCAAAACUUUAAGAUUGAAGGACUGCAGUUUGUCAGAGAUCAGCUGUUCUUCUCUGGUCUCAGCUCUGACCUUUAACCCCUCACAUCUGACUGAACUGGACCUGAGAGGAAACAACCUGACAGAUUCUGCAGUGAAGGAGUUCUGUGGUUUCCUACAGAGUCCAGAAUGUAAACUACAACGAUUACAAUUUAGCCACUGCUGGUUGUCAAAGAUCAGCUGUGAUGAUCCGACCUCAGCUCUGAACUCCGACCUUUCACCUCUGACUGGACUGCAGCUGAGCAGCAACAACAACCUGGGAGAUGAUGGAGUGAAGGAGAUCUGUGAUAUUCUACAGAAUCCUGGAUGCAGAAUACAACGAUUAGAAUUGAAGGACUGCAGUUUGUCAGAGAUCAGCUGUUCUUCUCUGGCCUCAGCUCUGAAGUCCAACCAACAUCUGACUGAACUGGAAAUAAAUGAGAUGAUCAUACUGGGAACCAUUACAGACUCUGGAGUGAAUCAUCUGUGUGAGAUCCUGCAGAGUUCAGUCACUAAAGUCAAAACUUUAAGGUUGAAGGACUGCAGUUUGUCAGAGAUCAGCUGUUCUUCUCUGGCCUCAGCUCUGACCUUUAACCCCUCACAUCUGACUGAACUGGACCUGGGAGGAAACAACCUGACAGAUUCUGCAGUGAAGGAGUUCUGUGGUUUCCUACAGAGUCCAGAAUGUAAACUACAACAAUUACAGUUGAGGAGCUGCAGUUUGUCAGAGAUCAGCUGUUCUUCUCUGGCCUCAGCUCUGACCUUUAACCCCUCACAUCUGACUGAACUGGACCUGAGAGGAAACAACCUGAAAGAUUCUGCAGUGAAGGAGUUCUGUGGUUUCCUACAGAGUCCAGAAUGUAAACUACAACGAUUACAAUUUAGCCACUGCUGCUUGUCAAAGAUCAGCUGUGAUGAUCCGACCUCAGCUCUGAACUCCGACCUUUCACCUCUGACUGGACUGCAGCUGAGCGGCAACAACAACCUGGGAGAUGAUGGAGUGAAGGAGAUCUGUGAUAUUCUACAGAAUCCUGGACUCAGAAUACAACGAUUAGAGUUGAAGAACUGCAGGUUGUCAGAGAUCAGCUGUUCUUCUCUGGCCUCAGCUCUGACCUUUAACCCCUCACAUCUGACUGAACUGAACCUGAGCAACAACAACCUGAAAGAUACUGGAGUGAAGGAUCUCUGUGGUUUCCUACAGAAUCCAGAAUGUAAACUACAACGAUUAGAGUUGAAGGAAUGCAGUUUGUCAGAGAUCAGCUGUUCUUCUCUGGUCUCAGCUCUGACCUUUAACCCCUCACAUCUGACUCAACUGGACCUGAGCUACAACAACCUGAAAGAUUCUGGAGUGAAGGAUCUCUGUGGUUUCCUACAGAAUCCAGAAUGUAAACUACAACGAUUAAAGUUGAAUCACUGCAGUUUGUCAAAGAUCAGCUGUUCUUCUCUGGCCUCAGCUCUGACCUUUAACCCCUCACAUCUGACUGAACUGGACCUGAGCUUCAACAACCUGAAUGAUUCUGCAGUGAAGGAUCUCUGUGGUUUCCUACAGAAUCCAGAAUGUAAACUACAACGAUUAAAGUUGAAUCACUGCUGGUUGUCAGAGAUCAGCUGUUCUUCUCUGGCCUCAGCUCUGACCUUUAACCCCUCACAUCUGACUGAACUGGACCUGAGUGGAAACAACAACCUGAAAGAUUCUGGAGUGAAGGAUCUCUGUGGUUUCCUACAGAAUCCAGAAUGUAAACUACAACGUUUAGAGUUGUGGAACUGCAGUUUGUCAGAGAUCAGCUGUUCUUCUCUGGCCUCAGCUCUGACCUUUAACCCCUCACAUCUGACUGAACUGGACCUGAGCUACAACAACCUGAAGGGUUCAGAUGUUCAGCAGCUGAAGCGUUUUGUAAAGGAUGUUCAGAUCUGAUGAUUAACUUUCUAAAGAAGAGAAUCUUCUCUGUUUCCUGAUGAUCCAGAUGUUUUACUUCUUUUUCCUUUGAUUUGUUUUCAUCUGUAACCAUAAAAUAUGAAAUAAAGUUCAAUCCAACAGUUUCUGGCUACA